AACAAAUCGUGCACGAAACCGUACGCCACAAAUAAUGAUGCAAAAUAGUAUUGCUAAACUACGCAGCAUAUCUCCGCUGUACGGACAGCUGGUAAUUGGGCCACCCGGCUCUGGUAAAACAAGCUACUGUUACAAAAUGCAACAGUUCCUCGAAAAGAUUGGCCGCAAAGUAACGAUCGUGAAUCUGGAUCCCGCCAACGAUAACAUGGAAUACACUAGUGCAGUCGACAUUAUGCAGCUUAUUACGGUGCAGGAUGCCAUGGAACAAUUCAAACUAGGCCCAAACGGAGCCCUCAUCUACUGUAUGGAAUUCUUGGAGACCAACUUCCAGUGGUUAUUGGACCAACUGAAAACCAUCGAUAGCAAUUACUUCAUAUUCGAUUGCCCUGGGCAAGUAGAAUUGUUUACACACAACAAUGCCUUAAAGAAUAUUUUUGGAAAGUUAGAACAACUAGGAUACCACCUGUGUACAGUGCACCUUAUCGAGUCACAAAACUGCGCCGAAGCUUACAAGUUCAUUUCAUGCGUGCUGCUCUCCCUUCACACGAUGCUCCAAAUGGGUUUACCUCACGUCAAUGUCCUUAGUAAAGCAGACCAGCUGAAGGAAUGCGAAUCCCGGCUGCCUUUUAACGUGGAAUACUACACAGAAGUGUUGGAUCUCAACUAUCUGUUGGAGAGCAUGGAAGCGGAUCGACUCGGUAGCAAAUUUACCAAACUGAAUGCGGCCAUCGUUUCGAUGGUGGAGGACUAUAGCCUAGUAUCAUUUCUUCUACUCGAUUCCAAUCGGGAUAAUAGUUUACUGAGGUUGAAAAAUGCAAUUGAUAAGGCGAACGGAUAUGUGUACGGCGCAGGAGAGGAGAAGAACAUCAACACACUACUGGCCUGUGCUGUUGGGGCAGAGACUGAGUCGGAUCGAAUGGAUCGCGAUAUUGAUCCUUAUCUAAAUUGAUGUAUAUAUGAAGGGCGAUAAAAUUCAGUAUAAAUCUGUUUAUUCCAUCCACUGUUUUAUUAGUACAUCCCGAAAUGAAAAAUAGCGCAAAUAAUUCUUUUCCACAUGCAACACCGAUUUACACCAAAUUUGGCUGUUUUACCUGGCCAGCGAAAAGAACAGCACGCUCCUUUCUUGCAACAAUCAUGAAGCCGAAUGGCCGGUUGGCCAGAAAACGUGGCGGUGUGGCUUUAUUUGCGAAAACUGCCGUCGUAACUGCCGCUGCCGUUGUGCCCUCCUCGUUGACGACGAUUUUGGAUUGCUGUAUUACGCUGCUUAUGUAGAUCGCAUUAAGUUCCGUUAUUUUGUCAAAGUUGGCCGAUCUUGAGCU